UGAGAUUGUAUGACACGAGAUUGGUGAGAUUUGCAUAAAAUCUAACGAUCUGCGUAGAAUGCCAGUAAGCGCCUAGCCUUGUAAGACCUAAUGAACGGCAUGGCGCUCGAUCGGGGUCUGAAUUGUUUUUUUAUCUGUGCAACGACGGAGCACGAUCAAGAAAUAUUAUAACGUGUCAAGCGCCUGCUCAUCUUCCAUUUUCCCAUGACCCGUUACUGUUCAUGUAUCUAGAUCAGCAUCAACUAGGUACUAUCUAACUACAAUCGCUAUGGUCGCAGCUAACUAUAGCCCUGAGUAUCUUGCUGAGUCUAGAGUGGCAUUAGUCAAUGUGUUCUUCUCAAUCCCUAUCCCUAUUGAGGUCUUAAGCACAGUUUUCAGGCUAUGGGUUAAGACAAGGUUGUCACCACAGCGCCGCCUAGCUUUCGAUGAUUACUUUAUAGUCUGGGCUACAAUAACCGCAGUCGCGGUGUGUAUUGCGGGUUUAAUUUGUGGAGUUUCUGGUGGUCUUGGACGCCAUAUGGAAGCUCUCCCUACAGAAGUCAUAGAAACUUUCCUCUUGGUCGACUAUAUUUUCAGCCAUUUCUACGACUUUGCCAUUGCCAGCACGAAGCUUUCGGUAUUAGCUCUAUACUACCGCAUCUUCGCCGCAACAAAAUUUCGCAUUUUAGUUAUUGCUACCGCCGUUUGUGUUGUCAUAUGGCUCAUAGUAAUGGAAAUCAUACUGGGACUAGGAUGUCAACCUGUCCAAGGCUGGUGGAAUGCCGGCGCUGCUGCAACGGCUACCUGCGUGGAUAAGUUGGCUUUCACAUAUUCCACCAAUAUCAUAAACUUGAUAUUUGAUAUGUGGAUCUUUACUAUGCCAAUACCCAUCAUUCUUGGUUUACAAGCCAGCAUGGAAAAGAAGAUAGGCCUUUGCUUCCUGUUUUCGAUGGGGUUGGGGACGUGUGCUAUCAGCGCUGCUCGUCUGUCAGUUGUCAUCUCAGUGAGAUCUAAAGAUAUUACAUGGAGCGAAGCUUCCUUAGGAAUACUGUCCGCAUGGGAACCUUGCGGCAAUAUCUUGUGCGCGAACUUGCCCCUAGUCUACAGGCCCUUAGCCCGAGGUAUCCAGCAGAUUCGGUCAACAAUGAAGAUCUCGCGGCCUCGCAGUCACGACCUUGGUGCGCGACCGUCUUCAUCAUACCACGACUGGACCCGGCUUAACAAUAGCACCCUUAGCAAUUAUGCUACGUCGAAAGUCACUGCGACUAGAGGUAACUCAACUGAACUAGUCAUGAUUGGACGUACUGGGAUCACGGUGGAACGGGAUUUUAAACAAGAGGUCCAUCAUGAAUAAACGAGCGAAAAUGUCUUUAUUAAUUAAGAACUUACGACAUAAAUAUUGCUGGAGAAAAUAAUAGGGUUAGAAGUUGAACUCGAGA